AUGAUCUAUCAGCAUUAUCGAGCUUAUGAUAGUGCAGUCUGGAAACGGAAACCACGCCGAUUGCGUCACUUCAUCAUAUUAUCUCAGCCAUUAGAUGAGAUGGACGUGGUACAAACGAAUAUGACCAGAAAUGGAUAUUAUCCUGAUUGCUGGCAGGUAUUCUCUCGUAACAAAACCACUAUGGUAUUAUCCAUUUGGAGAAAAGGUUUCGGGAUCAAAUAUCAAAUUCAGCAGGGAGAUAUGUUAGAUGAAAUGACUACAUAUAUGGCUAAGUCAGGCUUGAAUCCUGUCAUGUUUGCAAGCAAACCCAGAAAGUUUUCGCGAGAAAACAAAUCGUACUGGAUUGUUUGGAGAGGAAAAGAGUUUUCAUGGAAAAACGAGCAAAUUCCUAAAGUAUAUGAAACAUUCUCAAGAGAUUGGGAUGACGUGGAAUCCCUUAUUGAAUCUCAUAUGAGAAAAUAUGAACUGCCGUCAAUUAACAUAUUUGUCUCCAAAUCAGGACAUACACUUCUUAGUGCUGCUUAUGGGUAUUCAGAUCUUUUGAACAAGAAAAGGGCUUCGCCCAAUAAUCGAUAUCGUAUAGCUUCGAUCUCAAAAACUUUAACUGCUAUGGCAAUCGCCAAUCUGAUCUCACAAGGGAAAUUAUCAAUGAGAACCUUAGUCUUUGGAAAGAGAGGGAUUCUUAAUACGUUUGAAGUACAUCCAUUUCUACAGCAGAUAACUGUGAGUCAUUUGCUUGAACAUAGCUCUGGGGGUUGGAGCCAUUUGCUUCAAAGAGAAUUUGAUAGAAUGGAAACAAGUCAAAUGGAAUUUCUGGAAUUUCUUAUCAAAUCGUAUGUACCCAUAUAUGUUCCGGGACAAGUAUUCGUUUACUCUAACAUUGGCUAUGUCUUUCUCGGACGAAUUAUAGAAAAAGUCUCAGGCGAAUCUUAUGAGGACUUCGUGCGUCAUAAUCUUCUCUGGCCUCUUAAUAUUGAUGCAAGGGUUGGAGGAAGUAUAUCAGGAAAAGAUGAGGUUAUGUACUAUUCACAUGAUAAUGCAAACCCAUAUGAUCAUUGGAAUCCUUCUCUUCUGGAUUCAGCAGCAGGAUGGGUAUUUCAAGCUGAAGAUCUUGCCAAGCUGUAUAAACAUUUGGAAAGCGGUAGAAAUGCUGAGCAUGUGAUUUUGGCAUUGAGAAAUCGACUCUCUGCUGGUCAUGGACUCGGAAUACAAAUUGAUUCAACGGGAGCACUCUAUCAUCUCGGAUCAUUGACCGGUGUUGAAGCCAUAGCUUAUACGCAUAACGAUUUACAGGUAAUAAUAUUUACAAAUGAACGAGAUCGUCAACAUAACGUCCAUACUGGAUGGAUGUUAUUGCUUUCUCAACAUAUCAGUCGUAUUGUUGAUCUAGGACUCAUUUGA